CGGACAAUUGUUUGCUAACGUUAGCAUAGCAACCACGGGAUAACAUAGAAGCCCUGCUCAUGUUAUCAACUAGUUAGCUUGUUAACUACGCUAGGCUAAACUACAGCUAGAAGUUUUAUUAAUAUUAGCAUUUUGGAGUGACCAAACAAAGUAACACACUAUUUACAUGCAGCUUUACAAAAGCAACAAUUGGUGGUAAAUAACAAACGAGCUAAUGCCGGAGGAUCGCUAUGCCUUUCUUGCUGAGUGGUAUGACCCUACUGCAGCUCUCCUGCGACGCUAUCAGCUGUUCUACUAUCCCAAAGAUGGCUCAGUGGAAAUGUUUGAUGUAAAGAACCAGCGAAUAUUUUUGCGAAGAACCAAAUAUGAUGACAUACAUCAGGAGGACCUGUUUGUUGGGAAUCGAGUGAAUGUGUUCUCACGGCAGCUUAAUCUGAUUGAAUAUGGGGAUCAGUACACAGCAAACAAACUUGGCAGCAAAAAAGAAAGAACUCUUGCAUUGAUAAAGCCAGAUGUAGUUACCAAGAUCGGAGAGAUCCUUGAAUUGAUACACUCCUCCAACCUGAUUGUGACCAAAGCCAAAAUGACAAAGCUUACAUGGAGCCAAGCGGCAGACUUUUAUGUGGAACAUCAGUCAAAGCCUUUCUUCAAUAACCUGGUGCAGUUUGUGUCUUCGGGGUCUGUGGUUGCCAUGGAGCUGAUGGGUGAUGAGGCCAUGUCAAUAUGGAGGAGGCUCCUGGGACCUGCAGACUCUGCUGUGGCACGGAGGGAGGCACCGCUGACUGUCCGUGCCCAGUUUGGAACAGAUGGCAUCAAAAAUGUUGGACAUGGCUCUGACUCACUUGCUGCAGCAGCAAGAGAGCUUGAAUUUUUUUUUCCAUCCACAAUUGGCCAUGGUCCCUCUAAUACAGCUAUCUAUACAGACUGCACAUGCUGCAUCAUCAAACCUCAUGCCAUAUCAGAAGGCAUCACUGGGAAGAUCCUGAACUCCAUAUCUGCAGCUGGAUUUGAAAUCUCAGCCCUUCAGAUGUUCAAUGUGGAACGUGCAAAUGCAGAAGAAUUCUUUGAAGUUUACAAAGGGGUUGUUACAGAGUAUCCUAGUAUGGUGACCGAGCUGUGUUCUGGACCCUGCAUGGUCCUGGAGAUCCAUGGCGCUGACACACCGCACAAAUUCAGGGAAUUCUGUGGGCCCGCCGACCCAGAAAUUGCACGGCAUCUUCGUCCAGCCACACUGCGUGCUCUUUAUGGCAAAGACAAAGUGAAAAAUGCAGUCCACUGUACAGAUCUCCCUGAGGACGGUGCUCUGGAGGUGCAGUAUUUCUUCAAGAUUUUGGAUGGAUGAGUGCAAACAAGAAAACGUGCUUACUUCACAAUCAAAGACUUCUCAGUUGUCUCACUUUUCUGUUUAUUGUUUCAGCC